UGAUUUGGGGUUUAACAUACCACUGAAAAGCAAUAAAUCAUCAGCAAAAACAAGUGCUGUGGAGCCUCUUGAUAGUUCAGUUACAGUUUUGAAUUUUUGUUAUUGGACUGCAAUGGAGAGGGUUAGCCGAAGGCUAUGUCAGAUCCAAAGACAGUUACAGUUACAUACAAUGUCGUCCCAUGAGGGUCCAAGUGAGACCUUGAAGAGAAAGAUUGCUGAAUUGCAGAAGAUGAGGAAAAGCAAGAAGAACCUUAAGAUAAAGAAGGACCAGUUCAUUGUCGAAGUUCCCGAGUCCAAAUCCUACCUUGACACUGCUUCUUUGCCUAUGAUUCUCACUGUUGUUGGCGUUGGCCUCUUCACUAAGCUCCUCAUGAUGCACGAUGAUUCAAGGUCGCAGGAACUGAUAGAGCGAAAAAUAAAGAAUGCUCCUGCUGGGCAAGGCACGGUUAGAAUGUUGAGUCAUGAGGAGUGGGAAGAAAUUCGAGAAGUGAGGCCUAGAACUCCCUUUGAAUCCAAGCUUGCGCGUCCUAAUGCACGAAUUAGAACUGGUGAACAACUACACAAGGAGGAUUUGAAGGAUUGGACCAUUGAUGUGCUCACAGAUGCACUCACCCGAGUUGAAGAAACUGCUAGACAGAGUUCCAAGUGACUCGACUUUGAUGCCUGGUGUACAUAAUGAUACAUACUGUUGGAGAGUAUAACACUGGAAAUGUGCUGCCAUUGCAUCAAAUUAGUUAGCCCUAUACAAAUGGCAUCCGUAACUAACUCUAUAAAAGUUUCAGUUCUUUAGGCUUUUUCUUUUGUUUCCCCAUGAUAUACCACAUUUUUUAGUUGAUUGGGUUGAGAAAAGAAGGAUGAUUGAAUGGCUGUAACAUCUUCAAACUUGCAUGUUCACAUAUACUUGGGCUUCUUCGGUUAUCAAGUUUACUUUUAAAGCUGAUAUGAAUCAUAUAGUUGCAUAAAAAUUACUUAAUGAGUAGAUGAUAGUUAUGUGGC